GCUCAAAACUCAACCCUCCCUCUCUCCAUUUCUCUCUCUCACCCUCUCUCCAUUUCUCUCUCUCACCCUCUCUCUAAGGGCUCAUUCAAGUAGUCUUGUUAAUCAUUAACCAACGGUGUCAUCUGAGUCAACUCAUGCCAAUCGACCCCUGCAAAACCAGGCCUUCAGCCCCCAGCUGCCGCUGCAAAAUUCACAAGGUCAUUGUUGAGAUCUGAGUUCAUACCAGAGCCAGAAACAAAGGAACUCAACCUCAUGAAAUGAAGGAAACAACUCUAACAUUUAUCCAUUUCUCUUUCUACAUCAGUACCUUUUUCCACCUUCUCAGCCAUGCAAACUCCCAGCUCAGUGCUCAAGAACAAGGAAUCCUACUAAACCUAAAAAAUCUCUGGGGAAACCCGGAAUCUCUCAGACAUUGGAUUCCAACAAACUCCUCCUCCCAUUGUUCCUGGCCUGAGAUCACUUGUUCCAACGGCUCUAUCAUCGGAUUAUCCUUCCGAGAUUAUAACAUCAACGGAACAGUCUCACCCUUCAUUUGCAAUCUCAAGAACCUCACAACAUUUGAUGUUUAUAAUAACAGUUUCCACUCAACGGAGUUCCCGAAAGCUCUCUACAACUGUUCCAAGCUGGAAAUUCUUGACCUCUCACAGAACUACUUUUAUGGUGCAAUCCCCGAUGACAUUCACUGCAUGUCUCGGCUUCGAGAGCUCAGCCUCGAAGGCAACAACUUUGACGGUAACAUCUCAGCAUCUAUUGGGCGGUUGACAGAACUGAGAAAACUCAUGCUUAUCUCUUGUCCGUUUACUGGUUCUUUCCCGCCAGAAAUUGGAAACCUGUCCAAUCUCGAGGAACUAGGAUUGGCCUAUAAUUAUAAGAUAGUGCCAACAUUGCCUUUAGAGUUCGGAAAGUUGAAGAAGCUGAAGUUUUUAUGGAUGGCCAAGACGAAUUUGAUUGGGGAAAUCCCAAACUCGAUUGGAGAAAUGGCAGCUCUGGAGCAUUUGGAUUUGUCACAAAAUAACUUGACCGGGAAGAUCCCUGAUAGUUUGUUUAUGCCAAAGAAUCUAACGGUUGUUCUCCUUCACAAAAACAAAUUGUCCGGGGAGAUUCCUCAAGUGGUCGAGGCUUUAAACCUCGAUGUCAUCGAUCUCUCAGAAAAUAAUUUGACAGGAACAAUUCCCGAUAACUUUGGAAAGCUAAAAACUUUGACUGGUCUGGCUUUGUUUUUCAAUCAACUAUCUGGAAAAAUCCCAGAUAGCAUUGGUCGUCUUCCAAAGCUGAUAAAUCUCAAAUUAUUUAACAAUAAUUUUUCAGGUACUUUGCCUCCCGAAUUUGGGAGGUAUUCUAUGCUAGAAGAGUUUCAGGUUUCAACCAACAAGCUUACAGGCCAGUUGCCAGAACACUUGUGUGACAAUGGGAAGUUGGUGGGAGUGGUAGCUUUUGAAAACCAGCUCGCUGGAGAGUUGCCCAAGUCGCUUGGAAAUUGCAACAGUUUGGAACUAGUUAAGAUAUACAAAAAUGGGUUUUCUGGGAAUAUUCCAAUUGGCCUUUGGACAUCAUCGAAUCUGAAAAUGUUGAUGCUAAGUGAUAAUUCUUUUAUAGGCGAGCUUCCUGAGAGAUUGGCAUGUAAUCUUUCACGAUUGGAGAUGAAUAACAACAUGUUUUCGGGCAAAAUUCCACAGGGAGUGUCUUACUGGAGGAAUUUGUUGGUUCUUAUGGCUAGUAAUAACCACUUCAACGGCACGAUUCCUCAAGAUCUUUCUCAUUUGACAACUCUUUUGCUUGAUCGAAACCAACUUUCGGGCUCCCUUCCAUCAGAUAUUAAUUCAUGGAAAUCGUUGAAUACUCUAAACCUCAGCCGAAAUUCAAUCUCUGGACAAAUUCCAGAGGAACUUGGUUCCUUACCAGGCCUUACUGAAUUGGACUUGUCAGAAAACCAGUUGUCUGGCCUAAUUCCUUCAAAACUUGGCCUCUUGAAGCUCACUUCACUCAAUCUAUCUUCAAAUCAUCUGACUGGAAGCAUCCCAAGUGAAUUUGAGAAUGAUGCAUAUGCCUACAGCUUCUUGAACAAUCCUGAUCUUUGUGCUAGUAGACCAUCUCAAUCCCUUAACCUCAAGAACUGCAGUUUGCGCCGCCAAAAGUCAAGCAAAAAUUCUUACAAAUUAAUUGCUUGGAUCAUAGGUUUGGUGGUAGCAGUUCUUCUAGGUUUAUUCAUUUCAUUCUUUGUGAUAAGAAAUUACAAAAAAAGAAAGCCUGGAUUGCAUUUGACAUGGAAGCUUGUUUCGUUCCAGAAGCUGAAUUUCAUAGAAUCAGACAUUUUGUCAGGAUUGACAGAAAAUAACUUGAUUGGUUCUGGUGGAUCAGGUCAAGUAUAUCGUGUUGUUGUUCAUCAUUCAGGUGAUAUUGUUGCUGUGAAGAAGAUUUGGAAUAACAAAAAGCUAGAAGAAAAGCUUGAAAAAGAAUUUCUGGCAGAAGUCAAAAUACUUAGUUCAAUUCGACAUGCCAACAUAGUGAAGUUGCUCUGCUGUAUCUCCAAUGAUAAUUCAAAAUUUCUUGUCUACAAGUAUCUCGAUAACCGUAGCCUGGAUCGCUGGCUGCAUAGGAAAAGUAGAGCAACAACAUUUUCAAGUUCAGUCAGUCAUGUUGUCUUGGAUUGGCCUAAGAGGUUGCAUAUAGCAAUUGGAGCUGCCCAGGGGCUCUCCUAUAUGCACCAUGACUGCUCACUACCCAUUGUUCAUCGAGAUGUGAAGUCAAGCAACAUCCUUUUAGAUCUCAAUUUCAAUGCACAAAUAGCUGAUUUUGGUCUAGCAAAGAUGUUGGUCAAAGAGGGAGAACCGACUACAAUGUCAGUCGUGGCUGGCUCUUUUGGCUACAUAGCUCCAGAGUAUGCUCGCACGACAAGAAUUAAUGAGAAGAUCGAUGUUUACAGCUUCGGAGUUAUCCUUCUGGAACUGACAACUGGAAGGAAAGCCAAUGAUGGUGAUGAACACACAUCCCUAGCCGAAUGGGCAUUACGACACAUUCAAGAUGGAAAACCGAUAGGUGAUGCCUUGGAUGAGGAGAUCACGGAACCCUGUCACUUGAAUGAAAUGUGUCAUGUUUUCAGACUUGGACUCUAUUGUACUAGCACACAGCCUUCAACCAGGCCAUCCAUGAAAGAGGUUCUUAAGGUUUUGCUCCAAUGCAGCCAACUAGUCAUAAAUUGUGAGAAGAAUGCGGCAACUGAGAUGUUUUUCCCUUCCUAAGGAAUUCAAAGCCAAAUGAGGAUGUUGAGCAUUGUUCAAGAGAAAUAAAAGACUAGAUCCUCUAUGGUUACUAAAAAGAAUUCAAUGGUGAAGUUAUUACCAUUAAGACUGUGUUUGGUAAUUGAAGUAAUGUCAGGCCUCAGACUAUUUCACUAGUAUUUAUAAACACCUCACUACUGGUUACAAAUUAUUUACUACAUUUUUACUACUAUUCACUACUUUUUCACUGGAAAGUAGUAGUUGAGAUUUCAAGAACUCAAAGGUAUUGUAUAGGAUAGCAUAUUGUAUGAUAAUGUUAGAUUAGCCAAUACGUGAGACACAAAUAGUUCAACUUUCUUAGUGAUAGAACAUGUAUCAUAAGGUGUUAAUCUAAGUGCACCAAAGUGGUCUUCCAUAGUGUUUGAGACAUUA